AUGAAUUCUACUAAUACAACAAACAAGCAGAAAAAAAAGAGCGUCAAAUCUUCGAUUACAAAACUCCAAAAGAAAACAGAAGAGGAAAUUGAGAAUUUAAAUAAGUUUGGUUUAUUAGCUAGGAAGGAAAGAUUCAUAGAAUUUAAAACUGAGGUAAAGGGUAUUUUGGAUCCUAUUAUAAGUAUUUGCGAAGAAAAAGAUGAGGAAACUUAUUGUACGGAAAAGGACCAUCUUUUAGACACUUUAGAGGCAGUACUUGUCACUAUAGAUACUCGGCUUGUACCUUCUGUGGUAAAUUCCGAGUUUCAGGUUAAAACCCAGGAUUCAAGCCAAACUUCAGUCCCAGCUCAGUCAGCUGAAGUAGAACUGCCUACGUUAUCCCUACCUGUAUUUUCCGGUGCAACUGAGGAGUGGCUUACCUUUUCCGAUCUUUUUGAAGCUGCAGUUUCCAACAAUCAAAAUUUGACGGGAGCACAAAAAUUGCAAUACUUAAAAGGGAGUUUAAGGUCAGAUGCGUUAAAAAUCGUAAACUCUUUAUCGAUUACCAAUGAUAAUUUCGAAAUUGCUUGGAGAUUGCUAAGGGAUAGAUACUUUAAUAAAAGAGAAAUUGUGUCCUCCUUAAUGAAAAGAUUUAUCAAUAUAACACCCUUAAGUGGAGAAUCUUCCACACAAAUUUUGAAUUUGAUAGAUUCUACUAAGGAAUUUGUAAGGAUGUUAGAGUCCUUGGAAUAUGAGAUUGAUCCAACUGCAGAUACCCUUUUGAUGCAUAUGAUAUUGUUCAAGCUUGAUACAAAUUCAAGAACUUGGUUUGAGAGAACCUUUUCAACUGAUGUCAUUCCAAAGUUGGACGAACUAUUGCAAUUUCUUGCAACACAAGCGAGAUCCAUCCCGAGUUUAACUACCAAGAGAAACGUUCAAAGAAAGGUGACUUUGGUCGCGUUUAGCGCCCAGUCACAAUGUCCUCUCUGUACUAAUGAAUUGAGGGAAAAUUCUGGAGUGGUGGAUGUUACAUCUUGUCUUUCUGAUGUGGGCCCAGACGUUCAAAUUCUCCUCUGCACGGUUCUGAUUCAAGUAAGAGAUAUUUGGGGUAACUAUCAGACCUGUAGAUGUCUUUUGGAUAGCGGAAGCCAGGCUUCGCUUAUUACAAAUGAGUGUAUUGAAAAAUUGGGCUUGCACAGGAAAAAGGCCAAUGUUCGUAUUUCGUGUUUGGGUGCUUCUGAUACGCGUACAAAUGGGAUUGCUGAGAUUCAAUUCACCUCACAUUUUCCAUCUCAAAAGUCGUUUGAAGCGCCCGUGUAUGUGGUUAACAAAAUUGUAGGUAUGCUACCACAUCACAACUUAGAUUCCUCAAUGUGCGAAUUAUUUGGGGAUAUUUCUCUGGCUGAUCCAACAUUUUACAAGAGUGGUCCGAUUGAUGUACUUCUCGGUAUUGACCUUACUUUGCCAUUGCUAAAGGGUCAAACGUUAUCGUUAGGUAAGGAUAAACCAUUUGCCAUUCGUUCAGAACUGGGUUGGAUAAUUGGCGGUAAGGCUAAUUUUGGUGAUCAAAAUUCUCUUCAUGUAAAUAAUAUUCAGUUAGUGUUAGAUCAUCUAAUCAAUAAAUUUUGGGAAUUAGAUUCUGUACCAUGUGCUAAACAGUUAACUUCUUUAGAAAAGUCGUGUGAAGAUCAUUUCGCAAAGACACAUUCUAGGGAUGAGAAUGGUAGAUAUACAGUAAGGUUACCAUUUCAUACACCUCCCACGCGGUUAGGUGAUUCAAAACAAAAUGCAAUUCGUAGGCUAAUCAGCGUGGAACGCCAUCUCAUUUCUAAUCUAGAAAAAUACGAACUCUAUCGCAAAUUCAUGAAGGAAUACCUUGAUCUAAAGCACAAGGAGCUGGUUCCAGAUUCUGAAAUUAAUAACAUCAAUAGUUUGUACCUCCCUCAUCACGGAGUUAAUAGAAACACUAGCUCUACAACUAAGCUCCGCGUCGUCUUUGACGCUUCAAGUAAAACCUCGUCUGGACUUUCUUUAAACGAUUUGCUCAUGGUUGGACCAAGAGUACAGCCAGAACUUUUCCCUAUCCUGAUUCAGUUUCGACUUUUCAAUGUAGCCAUUUGCGCUGAUGUGGAAAAGAUGUUCCGCCAGAUUAAAGUUCAUGAGGAAGACGUAGACUGGCAAAGAAUUCUUGGAGGGAGUCUCCAAACGAACCAAUAA